AUGGUUCUAGUCCAUCGAAAUAUUGGUUUAGUUUUUGUUUAUGUAGGCAGUUCUGAGUAUGGUCCAGUGGUUAAUUUUAGAAGUGAUGAAUUAAAUGGUAUGACAAUUGACAUUUUGAGCAUUCCUGUAAAGCAAUUAGGACCUAUAAACACGGCGAUGCUGAGUGGUCGUUAUCUUGAUUCAAGGAUUGGCUUUGGAAGUGAGUAG